GACUGGUGAAGUGUUGUGAGGAGGAAACAAAUAACUGAUUGUGAUGUAGAGGUGAGACAGAAACGCCAACAUGAGCUAUACUAAGCUAUCGACGUGCUCCAGGAUUCCUAUUUAUGAUGAAAAUCCAGAAAACAUGGGUGAGCUGAGGAUCGUCCUGUAUGGACAGAGUGGACAGGGUAAAAGUACUCUAGGAGGCAUCAUCCUGGGCAACAGAGAAAUAUUCACUUCUGAUAAGGACUCAAAGAAGUGCCGUAAGGAAAGAAAGACCAUCACGGGUCGAGACGUGGUUGUUGUUGACACUCCAGGUCUGUUUAAAGUAGAUGAUGAUGGAGAGGAAGUGGUGGAAGAGAUCAAGCGGUCCAUCAAACAUGCUGAACCUGGUCCUCAUGUCUUCCUGUUCGUGGAGAGGUUUAAAGAGAUCUCACAAGAGAAAUUAGACGCACUGAAGACUUUUCAGGACACGUUUGGUAAACAGGCAGUGGACUACACUAUAGUGGUGUUCACCACUAAAAGGAAGGAAAUCGACGCCGCUUUCAUGCAGGAAACACUGAAAUCCCUCAGAAGAUUAACCGAUCAGUUCCAGCAAAGAUACUUUGUUUUUAACAUUAGAGACGAACAACAAGGGUCUCAACUCGACGAGCUGCUGGGGAUUAUGAACAAGAUGACGGGAGAAAAAUGUCAACCUUUCUACACGUCUAAGAUGCUCCAGGAGGCUGAGGAAGCUCUGAAAACACGAAAGGAAACAAAACCAAAGCCAGAAGAAGAGUGGCGCUCUUUUUAUGACCGGUGUGGUUUGAUUGGAAUGGCUGUCGGCUGUGCAGCAGGGUAUUUUAUUUGUGGUGGCGAGCUGACGCCUACAACAGGAGCUGGGGUUGGAGCUGUAGUUGGUAUGAUGCUGUUCGUGGGAAUAGCGUUUUUAGGUGUACUUGCUAAAAUUAAACUUCAGGCAUGAUGCAGAUAGAUUUCAGACGGCGUCAGUGAUUUUGUUGCUUACGCUGAUCUGACCAAAUCUAGUCUAGAAACCAUAAAGAUGUAUGUUUAGGUAUUUUACUUUAUUUUUGAGUAAAGUUCUUUAUUCUAAAAGUUAUUUGUUCAGUCGGCUGCUGACUGGUUGAGCUUUUCAAAACGAGUUAAACGCAGUUAAAUGUUCUAUUCCAGGAACAGUUCAUAAGACAGAACCAGCGAUUUGCAGCAUAAACAACUAAAUAUUUUCUAGUUACUGCUGUUGCUUCAGUGUACGUGCAGGGAGAGGGUUCAGCCUGGGUUUGCUUGAGACACACGUCAAUAAAUAAGCAACAAGAUGCUUCAAAUAAUAUUUCUCAAAUUUUGGCUUUCACAGUCUUUCCUUUUGGGAGUCUGAAGCAGUUAAAAUAGGAUAAAAAUAGGUGGACGUGAAUCAAAGCCCUUUUACAGGACUGUUUCCUGAUCCCAACUCUGGCAGAACUUUGACGGCAUACUGAGGGAGGCUGGGAGUCCGAGCGGACGGUUGGUGCCUAUUGUAGUGUUAAUCCCCAAACCAGAUGGUGUGCACCGAAGGUGAAGGGAGCCAUCAAGCCGAAGGAUCCUGUUGGGCUUGGGGACUUGGAGGCAGCUGCACAUACUGGCAGAACAAGCAGAACAAGGCUCGGUCAGUGGCUGAACCAAAAACUGGAUGCUGGAAGAUUUCAGUUGGGCCACAGAACAAGACUUUCGACUUUCUUUGCGUGUCUUGAAGCAUUUAUAGCAAACCGUCAGUCGACUAAAAAGGGGAAAGCAGUGCUCUGCUCACACAGUGUAUAGCAGGAUAGGAUGGUGUUAACCGCAACUGAGGGUAAAGUCGGGCAGUUGAAGGAAUGCUUUGAGGACCUCCGUAGUAUCCCCAGUCUGGGGAUAAGGGGGAUAACUCGCCCCUCGCUGGUCACUGAGAUAGUCAAACAUCUCCACUGAGGUGACCAAGACUCAGGUCCUAAUGGCUCUGGAUGUUAUAGGACUCUUGGUUGAUAUGCCUUCGCACAUGGAGAUCUGAGGGGGUGUCUCUGGGCUGGCAGGCUGGGGUGCUGCAACCACAGGGAGAUCGCACACCUCAACCUCCCUGGGAUCUAAGACUGGGAACUGGAAAACAGAGCUUGUUCAUUAAUCAAAGCUACAUACAGAAUACAGGAAGACUGUACGCCCCCUGGGUGAGGUGAGCAGACCCAGAACACGCUGAAGAGUUUCCAUCUCUGGAUGAGAUCGAUUAGGUGGCUGGAGAAAGGUGCUUCAACUUUCACAUGCUGUAAAAAAGUUUGGUGUUGUAAACAUAAUCCAUUACCUGUAUUCUAAUGCAUGUAAGACAGCAUUUCUACUCACAUACACAUGUAAUCCAGUAUUUGUACUCUUGUAUCAGUAUAUGUUAGAGCAUGUUCUGUAGUCCAGAGCAUGAGCACAUAUAACACAGUCACAUCUGUCCUGAUGUUCACCCACAGGCUCGUGCUGAGGAGUUUGGUAAACAGUCUGAAUGAUGUCUGACUGUUAUUGUUAUUGUGUUGUAUUAAGUACCAGCUCUGCUUUGGAUUUUGUGCCUGAACUUGUUGUGCAGGAAGUCCUGACCUUGUGCCUUUGAGCAGCAAACACAUGUGAACAUGCAGACAGACAGUGGGACGUGUCUGCAGACGUCUCCCUGUGUUAGCAGAGGAACAUGUCCGUCUCAUAGAUGGACCGAGAUCAGAGGUCAAAGGUCAUUCUCCUGUACAUGUCGGACUUGUUUCACUUGUGGCCUUUGUAUAACCUCGUGCAUGUAAUAAAACAGAAGCAGGUUCUUGAUAACCUGCUGAAAGACAGACGUCUUCUUCUCUUUGUGUCCUGAUAGUCUCUGAGCUCCAGGAGCUCUCCACAGGAGAACGCUCUCAGAUGUCCUCCUCUGGGAGAUUGGACGGGCUGACCUGUAUCGUUCACAGCUCAGA